UACUCACCAAACUGCUUUGCCGACCUGACUCAUCAAGUUGCUUAUCGGAAUGCGAUCUGGUUCCGAGUGCCUGUCACCCGCCGUCAGCUCGCCGAAGAAACCAAAUUUUACAAUUUCUGCAACAUGUGGGUCACCAUCUCGUGAUAUCUUUUGGUUAUGUAUCCAUCUGUCGUACCGUUUCGCGUUCCUCGAAAUAUUUAUUUCGUCUGUAUCUGAUAGCAUGACCAUGCGUUCAUUCCCCUGUUCUCACAUCUGAUAAUGCUUCUCCAGCGCGCAACAUCUGCAGCGUGUGCUGCCGGGCGCUCGCUCAGUCGCACAGUGCGUGGCCAACAAGUGCGAAACCUCGCAACAGUACUACCAGCAAAUCCACUUGCUCGAGACCAUCGGAUCGUGGUGGUCGGUGGAGGCAGUGCCGGACUAGCUGUCAGCCAUCAGCUCCUGCGAUCAGGAAAAUUCUCCCAAAAUGACAUUGCGAUAGUCGACCCAGCCCAAUGGCACCACUACCAGCCUGGAUGGACGCUGGUCGGUGGUGGUCUGAAAAACAAGGAGGAUCUUCGAGAGCCCCUGAACAGCCUGGUUGAUCCCAAAUUCAAGUUCUACAACAAUGGUGUCGGGUCUUUCUCCCCAGAAGAGAACACCCUUACGCUGGACAACGGCGACAAGCUCGGCUACCAACAGCUCGUGGUCGCGCCCGGCAUCAAGGUCAAUUUCGACAGCGUCAAAGGCCUGCCAGAGGCCCUCGCCGAUCCGAAAUCUCUUGUCUCCUCCAUUUACGGCUACGACUUCUGCGACAAGGCAUUCCGCAGCAUUCAGAAACUCUCCAGCGGUGCCGCGCUGUUCACUCAACCGGCUGGGAUUGUCAAGUGUGCUGGUGCGCCGCAGAAACUCAUGUGGCUGGCACUGGACUAUUGGAAACGGGCCGGAUUGUACAACCCCGGUGCGGAGUCACCGAUCAAAAUUUCAUUCGCCACUGGUCUUCCAGCCAUGUUCGGCGUACCCAAGUACAGUGCCGCACUCGAACAGUUACGUGUCGAGAGGGGAGUUGAAGGGCUGUUCCAGCACGACCUCGUCGCGGUCGAUGGCGACGUUGCUACGUUUGCUCGUCCGGACGGAAAAGACAAGGUCACAAGGCGUUUCGACUUCUUGCAUGCCGUGCCCAAGAUGGGACCUCAUGCAUUCGUAAAGGACAGUGCUUUGGCGGACCAGGCUGGUUAUGUCGACGUGGAUCAAGCAACGACACAGCACAAAAAGUACCCUAAUGUCUGGUCUUGUGGAGAUGCGUCAUCCCUACCGACAUCAAAGACUGUCGCCUCAAUAACGUCACAGGCACCCGUCCUGGUGCGAAACAUCCUGCUAUCCAUGCAGGGCAAGGCAUCCGAUGCCACGUACGAUGGCUACACAUCGUGUCCGCUCACGACGGAGUACGGCAAGGUCCUUCUCGCCGAGUUCAAGUACGGUGGUGAGCCCAAAGAGACGUUCAACAGCUGGUUCGGUAUCGAUCAGGCAGUUCCACGUCGGGCGUUUUAUCAUUUGAAAAAAGAUUUCUUCCCAUGGGUCUACUCCAAAUAUAUGGUCAAGGGCAGGUGGGGCGGACCGAAAGGCUGGAUCAGGUAGGCGUUCGAUGGAAAAGGCGUAGAAGCGUUGUACACUACAUUUUACAUAGAGUACGGGCGGCGUUUCGUCCAGUUACUACUGGCGCAUAUGUGUCCCAUUCAUAGCAGUCAAGUUUACGAGAAUUACUCAUCGUUGCACUUGAAAGUUUUGCGGUAUUCUAGAGAAUGCGGGGAGUUCAGCCUAAUCUCGAAAGUUUCAAGUGGGCCGGUGUUAGAAAUACGAUGGGAAUUUGGUCCGUCCGAGGAA